AUGUAUGUGGAGCUAUACGGUGCAGGCCAAGAUCAGAGCGUCCCAGACAAAGUUCAUCUAAAGCUCAGACCACUGGGAAGGUCUUACUUUAGGAUUGGCGAUGAGAUCAAAGACUUCCAUCAGCCAAUGGCCUCUUGGCGAUACUUAAACUUCGAUCGUUUCAAGAUAACUAAUGAGGACAAGUGCAGACAGGAAAAAGAACAAGGGAAGGAUGGCGGUUUUUACUGUAUGACAAAAGACGACAGGCGCCUGACAGGGAUGUGCUGUCAUCCGCUCAUAGCCGCACCUUGUGAUGACGCUUUGGCGGGAGAAGAAGAAUGUCGAAGUGUAUUUGGAACAUACCGCCUUUCCAUACCAAUUGAUCCGACAUUGGACUGCAGUGCACAAAUAACUUACAAAAACUGCAAAAAUCUGAAUCGAGAACUAUUCACCCACAUGAAUGUUUGGACAACUUUCAUGUAUUGGCCCGAAGCAUACCCACAGACACCGGAGGAUUGUGGGAUUCAAAAGCGCAAUGCCACAGUCGAACCGGAAGUCGAAUUAUUGGAUUCCCCUCUUAUCCUAAGACGAGACGCUGAUGCCGAUUUAAACAACAAUAAAAGGAAAUGAACUCAUAUACUGCCAU